CCUCCCGCCUCCCGCCUCCCGCCUCCCGCCUCCCGCCUCCCCUACCCCUGUCCCAAAUGUCCCUCACCGCAUCUGAGAUCGCCUCCGCCUGGGAGGGCCUCUUCCAAGGGUCACUCGCGCCGCUGGGUCCGCAGGUAGGCGGACAUUUCACGGCCCCGGCUGUGACAUCGACGAAGGCCUCCUCCAGCGUGGCCACGGCCAAGGUCACUUCCUCGGCCCUGGCAGGCAAUCUCCUGUCACCGCCAGCCUCGCCACCAGCCUCGCCACCGCCUCCCCCGCCGAUUGAGGGCGGCAAGCUGCCGGUGCUCGAGUGCGGCCCCCUCAUCUUUAAGCCUCUGAUCGCCGACACCCGUGCCCACCGGGAGAGACGCUUUUACCAGGUUCUCUUCCCCGACGUGCCGGACUUUUCCCCGAAUGCCGGGGCCAUCAGCCCGGGGAAUAAGCCCCCCACCAAUCGCAUCGACGCGCUUUCCCACCUGCGGCCCUUCAUCCCCCGGUACUUCGGGUCUGGCCGCGCCAAUGGGAUUGAUUACAUCUGUCUCGAAAAUCUGGCCUUCUCAGCCACGCGGCCGGCCGUGGUUGACCUGAAGGUGGGGCGGAUCGCCUGCUCCCCGAACGCCUCGACCAAGCGCAAGCAAAAGGAACUGGAAAAGUACAUCUGGCAAGAGCUCAUUGGCUUCCGUGUCACCGGUAUGAAGUCCUACUCCUCGAGUGGGGAAAUACUUGAUGCCGAUCGCAUGUACGGGCGGACUCUGGGCCCGGAUUCCGUGAGCCUGGCCUUUCGGCAUUUCUUCCGCCUGGAAGAGCUGUAUGUGGAGUUGGCACAGAGCGGCCAUGCUGAACUCCUGCAAUCCAAGCCUGGCUCCCCUCUACACCAAGCCCUUGCUCGCGAGCUUGCUGCCCGGUGGCGUGGAACUCCCGGCCAUGCAGUCGGCCUGCCGCCUGCCUAUCCCAUCCCUUCAGACGUCUUCAGCGCCACUGGCUCCGGCCGAGGCCCGUCCGUCCUAUCAUGGAGUUCUGGCCUGCCUUUCUGUUCUCCACCAGCCCGAGGUCCGAUCGAGGGUCCUGUGACAUCCAAGCGCCGGACAUCUGAAACCCUGGUUGCACGCCUGCUCGGGCGGCUGUUGCUCCUGCGCACAGCGCACUGGCAAUUGUCCAACCUCGAGCGGGCUCUUCGCCUGCAGGGAGCCUUCCACAUCUACAGCAGCUCGGUCUUGAUCAUCUAUGACGAUGCCUUCCUGGACCAGGAGCUCCCCUCCACCCGACCGGACGAUUUGAGCAUCUUCCCUCCGGUUGGACUUCCCCCUUCGGCAGCGACCAUGGCAGGAGAACAGCUACCGCUGCCCGAGCAAAUGCCCGCAUGGGCUCAACAUUGUCCAGUUACUGUGCGGCUGAUUGACUUUGCCCACGCCCUGGAUGCCACCCCGGCCGGCUCACCCGACCAAAGCACUCUCUAUGGUGUUGGUUCGAUCAUGUCCUGUGUGGAGCAACUCAUCGCCGAGGUGGAGAUCUUGCUGGACCACUUGAUGCACCUGUAGAGGCAAAGGUGGUCCUCUUCUUGUCUUCGCCCCCCCCCCCCCCUCCCCCCCU